AGACGGCAGACGUAGGCGCCCGCCGGCGACGCAGACACCGCAGCGCGCCGCCACGCACCACGCCCAGCAGCCGCUGGAUGGAGACGUGAGGAUGCCAGCAGACAAGAUGUUCCCCGGGCUGGUGCUGCCGCCAAAGGCCCUGGAAGCCGACGGGGACAUCGCGGUCGGCAAGGCGGCCGUAGCCAAACACGCGCCUCUGGCCGCCUGUGAGGACGACGACACCGGGAAGGUGUGCAGCGCUCUACCCCCUCCGCCCCCACAGCCGCCGCCACCGCAGUUGCCGCCAGAGUGGCAGCGCCGCGCCCAGGAGGAACUCAACGAGCGCCCAGACACCUUACGCCAGGACAUAGACACCUUCCGCAGCAUGGUCGUCGCUGAAAAAAAUCUCCACGUUCGCACAGACGACGACUUCCUACUGAGGUUCCUGAGGGCCAGGAAGUUUAACUGCGCCAAGGCCUUCCACAUGUUGCAGCGGUACUACGUGAUGAAGCUGCGCUGCCCGGAGCUGUUCCGCGUGCCGCGGCCCUCGGAGAAGAGGCACAUCCUCGAGAUGCAGGUGCAGAACAUGCUGGACGACCGCGACGGCUACGGCCGCAGAGUCUACAUCUUCAGGGUCGAGCGAUGCGACGCAGCACAGGUGAGCAUAGAGGACAUCUUCCGCACGAACGUGCUGGCUUUGGAGCAGAUCGUCCAGGAGCCAGAGACACAGGUGGCCGGCCUCACCGUGCUGGUCGAUAUGAACGGCUUCGGCCUGCAGCACGCCAAGUUCCUCUCGCCCUACUACGCACGGCGCACUGUCGAGGUCAUACAGGAAACAUUUCCACUACGUUUCAAAGGAUUCCAUGUCAUAAACCAGCCAUUCUACUUUGAUGCAGUAUUUGCAGUUCUGAAACCUUUCCUCAAAGACAAGAUACGGAGAAGGAUUUACUUGCAUGGACGCGAUCUAAAUUCACUCCAUGCUUUCAUUAGUCCUGAUAUCCUGCCACAAGAAUAUGGUGGUCAAAAACCACCAUUUGAUAAUCAAGCAUGGAGAAUGAAGCUAUUGGCAAAUGAAGAUAAGUUUGUUGAAUUGGAGACUUACGGUUACAAGGUGGAUGAAUUACCAGUACCUGAAGAGGAUGAUUUUGACAGUUAAUGAUGCAUGCCUACUAGUUAUUUUAAAUAAAGAUUUGUUGUUUACAAAACAGGAGCUGCACUUUGCUUUUGUACCAUAUAGUGCUAUGCCUGUAUGGUUUUUGCAUGUACAGUAAAUACCAUUCUCACUGCAGGUAUAAACACCACAAGUGUGUAUAUUUUAUUCUGUACUAUAAAAGAAUGAACACUAUAUCUAAUAAUUCCCAGUGGCAUAGUAUUGUGAUGGCUGAGUAUAGUCUUCAUUCUGACCAAUUAACUAUUAGUCAUAUGUGCCAUAAAAAUUACUAGAAAGUGAACACAAAGUGAGGAUGCAGUGGUGGAAUGAAAAUUAUGUAAAACGGGGUUUUUUUUU